AUGCCCGGGGAACAAAAAACCAACGAGGUGUUGAAGAACAUUCGGAAUAAGCAAAGACGACAAAAAGUCUUUGCUGCUAUCCAAGCUGAAAAGGCGAAGGAGAGACAUCUGGCGAGAGCCACCCGUGCCAAAGAGGAAAGGGAGAACCCUCAAUUAAAGGAAGAGAGACUUGCUGCUAAUAUACCAGAGACCAUUGAGUCCAAGAGAGUUUUUGAUGAAACUAUUGCAGCGGAAGUAGAAGGAGAAGACGAGUUUGCUGAGAUUUUCAGCAAGUCCGAAAGGGAGCCUAAGGUCUUGAUCACGACCAAUUCUGGGGCAAAAAAAGCAGCGUACGAGUUUGCAGAUAUCCUCACUGAGUUCAUUCCAAAUGUGACUUUCAUCAAGAGAAAGAGAGAAUACCUGAUGAAAGAGAUGGCAGCUUAUUGUUCUAACAGAGAGUUUAGCGACUUGAUUGUCAUCAACGAGGACAAGAAAAAGGUCAAUGGCCUUACUUUCAUCCAUUUGCCAGAAGGCCCUACUUUCUAUUUCUCAGUGAGUUCGUUGACGACAACCGAAAGAAUCAAGGGGCACGGGCGUGCCACAUCGCAUAUUCCUGAACUCAUUCUCAAUAACUUCAACACGAGACUAGGUAAGACUGUUGGCCGCUUGUUCCAAGCCAUUUUCCCUCCACGUCCCGAGAUCCAAGGAAGACAAGUCAUCACAUUGCACAACCAAAGAGAUUACGUUUUUUUCAGAAGACACCGGUAUGUCUUCCGCAACGAAGAGAAGGUUGGUCUCCAGGAGCUUGGGCCGCAGUUCACAUUGAAGUUGAGAAGACUACAAAAGGGGAUCAAGAAUGAAACGGAGUGGGAACACAGACCUGACAUGGAGAGAGACAAGAAAAAGUUCUACCUUUAG